AUGUGCAUUUGUAGAGCCUUCUCCCUCGCCGGGGUUGCCAAUGCAAAUGGCUACUGCAGUCUCGCUCUGGCAGAGGCGGUACUAGGAUGCGGGACCCUUGAUAUAGAUCUGGGGGGCAGCUCGUUCAGGGCUGAUAUUCUGCCUGACAGAAUCAUCAUCUCUGCUACUGAACCGCUCGAGGAGGAUGCUUUUCGUGCAGAGGGUAGCUCCACCACCGAGACUACCGAGACGACAAGCAGUGCGACAGGCGUUUCUUCUUUGGUAUACCGAUUCGCACGACCAGCUGGUCCGGGUGGGCUGUUGUGGGCGCUUGACCUGCAGCAGGCCUCUAUGUCGACGAUUCGAUCGACUGUGACAUCUACCCGGACGAGCACGAGGACUUCGAAGUCGACUUCUACUUCUACCUCGACUAGGACUUCGACCAGGCCGACGACUUCGACUUUGACGGUUAGGGCUACUUCGACAUCUACUGCCAGAUCAACUUCGACCCCCACAAGAACCUCGACCAGGACCUCCACGUCCACCUCGACAUCCACCUUAACUCGGAGAUUCCCCUUUCUGACAAUCGGCAGAAGUGCCGCUUCGUCAACCGUUGCACCCACAGCCAUCACCGGCCCCAAUUUCCCUGGCGCCCCUCGCUUCCCUCCAGGAAGAACACUCCAUACCUCGUCCUCCUCCUCUUCUCCUGCAACCGUUCCCGUAACACCGCCCGUCUCCCCAACACGACUCCCCGCUCAAGAUCUCCUAUCCCUCCACGGGGUCCUCAACACCAUCCUCGGCCGACGCUCCUACCGCGCCAAGGGACAAGACAAGGACGAACCCGAGCUCUACACCCCCAAAGGCAGCAGCAACCUCCCCGGCCCCAUCUCUCCUGCCACUCAGGCCGAGGGCGACCAGCCCGAUCUGGCCAACAAUGCCACCGAACUCAUCUCCUCGUCUUUGCCCCCGGCCUGGCGUCUCCUCGACAUCAACAUCGACUUGUCGCGCAUCAACAUCGAUCUUGACGUUUAUCUCGGCAUUCUUGGCGGUUCGGCUUCUUCGUCUGGUGGUGGUGGUGGUCUUGUCUCUGGUUUGCUUGAUGGGAUUCUCGGUCGGCGGGAACUGAAGGCAAAGGCUGAGGAGAAGGCUGGGGAGGCGAGGGAAAGGGCUGAGGAGCUCAGGGACCGUCUCAGGGCUGAUGCUCGGGAGAAAAAAAGGAGCGGGUGUUGGAGAAGACGUAUGAGGCUAGGUGUGGUGCUGUUCUUGCUGUUCCCACUGCUGUCUCGUCAGCUGCCUCCUUCGGCAACAAGCACCGGGGCUGCUCCUCCUCCUCGUCCUGCCAAGGGUAAUAACCGGCUGAGUCGGCCUGAGGUGCCAGCGGGGGAGGUCACUGAGACGGCUGUUACUGUUGAGGAGGUCAGUGAGGAGGUUGUGGCGGAGGAGUGUAUUCUGACGUGUGAGCGGGCGUCGGUGAAGGCGAGUGUCGAGGCUGGGGAAGUGAGGGGGUGUCUUGGGGUUACGGUGACGAGGAGGGCGAGGGUGGAUAAUUGUGUGUAUUUUGUUGGUGGGGUGGAGGUGGUGGAUUUGGAGGUUGUGUUGUUGAUUGAGGAGGAGGUUCAGGGUGGUAAGUUGGGUGAGGAGGUGGACGAGGACGAGGACGAGGACGAGGAUCUGAGGAGCGAUUCUUUUGUUCCUGUUGGGAGGGUUAGGAGGGAGUAG